GUUCUUCUCCCUUUUGUUUGCCUUGUGGUUUCCAUUUUGGCGAGAAUGAGCAGGAAGCCCGGGGAUUGGGACUGCCCCUUCUGCGACCAUCUCAAUUUCAGCCGCCGCGAUUCCUGCCAGCGCUGCGGCGAGCCACGCCCCAUGUCCGAGCGGCCCCGCGAUGUGGAGUUCAUCGGCAACAGCAGCGGCGGCGGCGGCGGCGGCGGCAUGAGGGGUGGAUCUUACGGCUUUGGCGGCGGCGGGGGCGGCGGCCGCUCCUCCCUGGCCGGAUUCCCGGCCGAGGAUGUGAGGCCCGGGGAUUGGUACUGCGUCGAGUGCAAUGCGCACAAUUUCGCGAGCAGGACGGGGUGCUACAAGUGUGGCGCGUUCCGCGACCACGACGGCGAAGUGGGCAUCGAUCGCAGGUUCGAUCCUUCCUCGGACCGCCGAGACUCGUCCUCGUCCUUCUCAUCCAGGAGGUAUUUUACCUCGCCUUCUUCCUCGGCCUCCUCGUAUGCUAGCGCCGGUGCCGGGGGUGGUGGUGGCGGCGGCGGCUUUGGCAGGUCCGUGUGGAAGUCGGGGGACUGGAUAUGCCCGAGAACCGGCUGCAAAGAGCACAACUUCGCCAACAGGGUCGAGUGCUUUAGGUGCAAUGCUCGUCGCGAGCCAGGUGAGUUGGAAAAAAAACCGACUUUGUUUCUUUUCUCUUGUCGUUGCUGAUGGAUCCCUCGUCGUACAGGCAUGUAAAUUUGAUAACAAUUCCAACACGGAUGUGAUUUGUCCCGGCAGCCGCAUUUGUGUCUCUCUCGUCCAGCAUCGAGAAGAAGGUGAAACUCCGUUACCAAGAAGACUAGAGGUAAUAGUAGUCGCUGAGCAUGACUCUUUGCUGGAGAUCGUCCUCGUAAAACCUCCUCCCCUCCUCAGUCUCUAGCAGCUUGUCCAGGUUCUCUUUGUUCUGUUUUAUUCUUUUGUCCAUGUACUCCCAGGCUUCGUCGCUCACGCGUUGGACCUGGGAGAGACAAGAAAUAUAUAUGAGCUUGUGAUUGAUCAA